UAUGUGUGAUACUAGAACCAAUGCAAGAACUGAUGUCGAGGAACAAGGCCUACGCCCUCAGUCCCAGAGAUUGUUUAAAAACGACCCUGUUUCAAAAGUGGCAACGUAUCAUCGCCCCGCCUGGUACGAGAGGUCGCACAGAAUCCCAGAGGCCCGCGAACAAGCGAAGGAAAAGGAAAGGAUCGAAUUCAGGCGGGGCAGCAAACAACGCGACACCAGCUCCCAACAAAAAAAGGUCGCCAGGACCAAAUUUUUCGUUAGCGUCACAGGAUGUGAUGGUGGUGGGUGAACCUUCACUUAUGGGUGGCGAAUUCGGUGACGAAGACGAACGGCUCAUCACCAGAUUAGAAAACACUCAGUAUGAUGCAGCCAACUCGCUGGAUCAUGACAACCAUACCGGUGGGGGCUUCCAUGGGGCCGACUCGCCGAUGGCUGGUACCAACUCAUGGGGUGCAGGUAUCUAUUUAUUUAAAUUUUAACUUUUAAAUUAUGUU